AUGGACCGCAAGAGCGUCACCAGCAACAGCAGCAGCUCGGGUGCGCUGGAUGCGCCAGGUGUGCGGGAGGAGCCAGUUGCCAAAUCGGGCAUGCCUCAACCGCCCGCCGCAACGUCAUCUCUUCUUGCUUCUCCCUCCUCACCUCCAUUGCUCCAUGACUCUUCCGCAGUGUCGCCCUCACCGGACCGCAGCUCUAUCCUUUCAGAUCUCCUGGGGAACAGGUCUCAGUCCUCUGCCGGAUUGAUUGAGCCCAGCAGCACGGCGGGCAAGCACAUUCUUUCAAGCCCUGUUCCGGAAGAUUCUGCCUUUCAGAAACCACAACGCAUUGUGACUGAUCGUGAAAGUCACCGUGUUUCCUUCUCCUCUCUUUCUAGCAUCUAUUCUCCUGCUGCGGACAAAUAUCCUAGUACUGCAGUAUCCAGCAUCGCUGGCUCUGUGAAAGGUGCUAUGGAGGAUCUCGCAAAGUUGGUUUCAACUUCCCCCGGGUCUGUACUCGACGCCAACGCGCGUAUGGAGCCGUCGUCCGCCGCCGUCUCCUCCAGCUCGACUAGUGCGGUGCCGAAUUCUUCUCCGGAAUUCAACCCUCAAGGCCAGAAUGCACCCUUGCAACGACCAGAUAGUGGGGAGGCGCUGGCUACAAACUGGGUCUCCCGUCCUGGAAGAUCUUCUAGCCGCACCCCUCGUCGAUUCAGUGGUAGCACUGGAGCAAGUAGUAUUAGUGACAUAGAACAUAAACCUGCCACUAUCGGUAGAAUCGGUGUUUGCGCCCUUGAUAUCAAGGCUCGAAGCAAACCAAGCCAAAACAUCCUUACACGGUUACAAUCGAAUGGCGAAUUUGAAGUGAUCGUGUUUGGUGACAAAGUCAUCCUUGAUGAAGGCAAACGUGGAAAACUGGCCGGAGUGGUAGGCUUACCGACCCCAAAACCCCUUCCUCCCCCCAGGGGCACGACCAUUGCUAACUACAAUAGUGAUUUCCUAAUUGCAUUCUUUUCCGAUGGAUUUCCUUUGGACAAGGCUAUCGCUUACGCAAAACUUCGGAACCCAUUUUGCAUCAACGAUCUUCCCAUGCAGGAAAUCCUUUGGGACCGUCGGCUUUGUCUUCGUAUUCUAGACCAGAUGGGUGUUCCAACUCCGAAACGAGUUGAAGUAAAUCGAGACGGCGGCCCAAAACUUGCCUCCCCUGAGCUUGCCCAACACGUGUACAACUUGACAGGUGUGAAAUUGGAAGGGCCGGGAGAUGGAACUGGCGGUGGUAUUUCUCGCACCCAGAGCGUUACCAUGUCUGAUGAUGGUGAGGCCCUUAUUGUGGACGGCAAAGUUUUUAGGAAACCAUUCGUCGAGAAGCCAGUUAGUGGUGAGGAUCACAACAUCCACAUUUACUUCCCCGAUGAUCAACAGUAUGGCGGGGGCGGUCGUCGUCUCUUCCGCAAAGUCGGAAACAAAAGCUCCGAGUAUGAUCCGAAUCUGAAAAUCCCACGAUCGGUUACCGAAACUAACGGGAGCUAUCUCUACGAGCGAUUCCUUCGGGUUGAUAAUGCAGAAGAUGUCAAAGCUUAUACCGUUGGACCAGACUUUUGUCACGCCGAGACGCGUAAAUCUCCUGUGGUUGACGGCGUUGUGCGUCGCAACACCCACGGUAAAGAACUGAGAUAUAUCACAAAACUCAGCAAGGAGGAAGCGACCAUGGCUACUAAAAUUUCAAAUGGUUUCGGUCAAAGGAUAUGUGGGUUCGAUCUUCUCCGCGUGGGUGAAAGCUCUUAUGUCAUCGAUGUCAACGGCUGGAGUUUUGUUAAAGAUAACAAUGACUAUUACGACAAAUGCGCCAAGAUUCUCCGCGAUAUGUUUAUCAAAGAAAAGCAGCGACGGGAUGGCGUCCCGGAAGUGUCUGAUCUUCGCUCCAGUGAGAGUACCUCUCCUCGAAAAAGCAGCUCAGGUUCGCACCGUAGCGCAUUAAAAAGCCUUUUGAAGUCACCUAGUAUGCUGGGCUUGCAUAAUCAUGGAAAUAAAGGCCAUGGGCCGAGUUCUAUCGAUGGCACCUUUGAACGCAAAACCCCUUCGUCAAAAUCUGAAGCUAGCCGUGGUACCAAUGAGGUCAAGAACGGUUCCCCGUCCAAGAAUACACCGUCUCCCACCAAUGGCAUCACAUUGAAGGAGCCUGGAGUCUCGAGCACGCCAACUGUUCCUCCUCCUCCGUCGAAAAAUUCGUGGAAGCUUAAGGGCAUGGUUGCCGUGAUCCGGCAUGCGGACCGUACCCCGAAACAGAAAUUCAAGUUUACUUUCCAUACCCAACCGUUUAUUGAUCUUCUCAAAGGCCAUCAGGAGGAAGUCGUGAUCAAAGGAGAAACAGCGUUGCGCAGUGUCUCUGACGCCGUUGAGCUUGCAAUGAAAGAGGGAGUUGAGGAUGCGGAGAAACUCAAGCUUCUACGAGCGUCACUACAUCACAAAGGUGCAUGGCCGGGCACAAAAGUGCAGAUUAAACCAAUGUUUCGCCGACGUACUGCCGAAGAGAAUACAAGUAGAAUCUCGCAAAUCAAAGCGCAGCCGGUCAACGACGGCCAUCCAUCCGCGGCUGAAACAUCAGUCGAUGGUGAGGGAGAAGGUGCUAGGCGUCCUGCAACCCGAAGCGAUUCCGUGUCUGGACCAACAUUUUCACGUUUCUCUGCUGUUGAAAAUGACUUGAUUGUUGACAAAUUGCAACUAGUGAUCAAAUGGGGCGGAGAACCUACCCAUGCUGCAAGGUAUCAAUCUCAGGAUGUGGGAUUGAACAUGCGCGAUGAUUUGAAACUUAUGAAUAAGGAAUGUCUCAACGAUGUUCGAAUGUUCACUAGCUCCGAGCGCAGGGUUAGUACAAGUGCUCAAAUCUUCGCAUCUGCCUUCCUUGACCUGAAAGAACUUCCCGAGGACUUCAUUCAAGUAAGAAAAGAUUUACUUGAUGAUUCCAACGCAGCGAAAGACGUUAUGGAUAAAGUCAAGAAGAAGCUGAAACUUUUGUUGCGUGAAGGAAACUCCGCCCCUCCUCAGUUUGCUUGGCCUAAAGAGAAUUUUCCGGAGCCUUCUGUCGUGCUAUCCACCGUUGUUGAACUCAUGAAAUUUCACCGAAGCGUUAUGCGACACAAUUUCCAGAGAGUUCAGCAAGCGCAGAAUCUAUCCGAAAAUGGCUCCGAGGAGCAGAGCGAUUCUUUCAGCCUGUCCGAUAUUCAAGGUCGCUGGUGCGCAGGAGAAGAUUCCCAGCUUUUUAAAGAGCGCUGGGAAAAACUCUUCAAAGAGUUUUGUGAUACCGAAAAGGUCGAUCCAAGCAAGUUGUCCGAAUUAUACGACAGCAUGAAAUUCGAUGCCCUACAUAAUCGUCAGUUCCUCGAGUGGGUUUUCUUGCCCCCUGAUGACUUUGUGUAUGAUGAGGAAGGGCACGCUGGCUUAAUGCAACCACUUGGCUCUAUCGAAGAUUCCUAUGAUUCGUACUUCAAACUCUACCCCGGAUCUACGCCUACGAAGCCAAAAAUAGAUAAACGUCUCUCCAGGCUCAAGCAGCUAUACAAUCUUGCCAAAAUUCUGUUUGACUUUGUCACACCCCAAGAGUACGGCAUUGAGGAUGAAGAGAAGCUGGAGAUUGGCCUUUUGACUUCCUUGCCUCUCCUUCGGGAAAUCGUGAUGGAUUUGGAAGAAGUGCAGGCUUCUCCAGAGGCUAAAUCCUUCUUCUAUUUUACCAAGGAGUCACAUAUCUACACUCUUCUCAAUUGCAUUCUAGAGGGUGGAAUUCAGACGAAAAUUGCACGACGUGCCAUUCCUGAGCUCGAUUAUCUUUCACAGAUUUGCUUCGAAUUGUACGAGUCGAGAGAUAGCGAGUCGGACAAAUUCUCCUACUCCAUCAGGAUCUCGAUCAGUCCUGGAUGCCACACUUUUGAUCCACUUGAUGUUCAACUAGAUUCGCGACACGCAAUUGGCUGCGCUCCAAGAAGAAGCCUUACUGCCCAUCAAGACUGGAAGAAGGUCAUCGAGACACUGAAGGCCAAGUUUGAUACGUAG